CUUUAUAUUUUAUAUGAGUCUAAAAGGGAUGAACGUUAACUCUUGAGUUGUUAUGCAAAGUAUUAAGUAUGUGUAUAUAAUAUAUGCUAGAUAUAUGACUAAUUAAUUAACUGGUCAAGACGGGGGUCCUUUUCACAAGCGAAUAAUGCUCUCGACAGGCACUCCGCAAGAAAUCCUUCCGGCGACUGAUCCGACCCUGUCUGGUCGACCGCCGGACCCUCCUUCACAGCUUUCUCAACCGCAACCCCCAGUGAAUGAUCAGCCGGCUGUGCCGACGGGUCUAAGUUUCAAGACUGCUUUGAUGACGGAUCUAAGUUUCAAGGCUGCUCUUACGGGACAGUCGGCGUCCAGUCCUUCUAAGACACCACAAUGGACUUUCAUCGGCACAAAUGAUAUAGAGACGGGCACUUUCCAGGGGGAGCCAGAAUUAAAGAUCUCGACGAACCUCAAAGAAAGACUCUGCCAACCGUGGAAAAGGACCCUGAUAGUGCGCUUGCUAGGGAGAUCUAUCAACUAUUCCUACCUCUGUUCCCAGUUGCGCAGGUUAUGGAGGCCGGUGGGAUCCCUGGAGAUAUUGGAUUUGAACGACGACACUUUCCUGACCACCUUUGGCAACGAUCAAGACUACUUAAGAGCUUUAACAGGGGGUCCAUGGGUGAUUCUAGAUCAUUAUCUCGUGGUUCAUCAAUGGUCCCCUACUUUUCGCACAUCAGACAAACCGCAUCGAUCGGUGGUAGCUUGGGUUCAGUUCCCGGAGCUCCCGGUUCACUUCUAUCAUAGGGAGGUUUUGUUCGCUAUUGGGAACCUUAUUGGCAGAACUGUGAAGCUAGAUUAUCACACGGAGAAGUUGGAAAGGGGCAAAUUUGCCCGCAUUGCAAUAGACUUGGACAUGUCUAAACCUCUUCCAACCAGAAUUAGGCUUGAUGGAGCUUGGCAAGGAGUUCUAUAUGAGAACUUGCCAACCAUCUGUUAUUCAUGUGGCAGAAUUGGGCAUACAGAGGAGGCCUGUCCCUCAAGAAAUCCUACUCCACCUCUGCCUCUUCUAGCAGCUGAAAACCUGGAUUGCUCAUCUCAGCCGGCGGCAGAGUCGCCGGAGAUACCUUCCGGCUAUGGUCCUUGGAUGCAGGUCGUCAGAAAGGCGAGGAAACAGAAUAGGAAACAGGAAUCAAAUCAGGCACAGACUCAGGGCUCAAAUAAGGGAAACAAACAGGAGUCGUGGAGAGAUUCUGGUCUCAACAAAGGAAAGGGGGUGAUUGAGGCGGGAAAAGCUAGUUCGGAUACAAAAGGAAAGCACGAGCAUAAGGCAAACAGUAAAAUGAGCAGGCAAGGGAACAAUAAAGGUAAGGGGGGAGAUGAAGGAGCUGGCACCAACGGUAACAAACUCCCAAAUGGUAACAAAGAGUGGAGGCCAGUGGGGCCUAAGGAGAGCCUGAAGGCCUCGACGAACAUAUCGGCUGAGCCCAAUAAACCUGGCCCAUCUACUGUUAAUCUCCAACCAGGACCAGUACCCGCCGUUUUGGUGACCGGCCCAAACAACACCAAAAUCCAAGUGUUGAAUGUUCCUGAAUUGCGACUACCACAGAAAGAAAACUGCAAUCCGAACUCUGGUGACUCUUCAGUUCGGAACACCGGCGACUCCUCAAUUCGACAACACUUUCCCCGACAGAAGAAGGAUCGCCCUUUGCAACCGAAAGGGAUGAAGCUCAAGACAACAAACAAGCCUCUCCAAAUCCAUGUCCCAGGAAAAAAGGAAGAUGCCUCGAAGCAGAAGCAGGGGAAAUUCCCACUGACGAUACAAGCGAUCGAAGAGUUUUGCUCCUCUGCUCACAAGAGAAUAGAUCCCUUGAUGGUGGAAACUACUGGAAUCGAAAAAGAGGACGUUGCGAUGUUGGAGACCAGCACCACAGGAACUCCCGGAACGCCGCCCCAAACAGGGGGAAUUGAACCUUCAUGCCUCGAGACCGCUUGAUUUUCUAGCCUUGAUUUGUGUUUUAUUUCCUUUUUUUAUGUUUAUCAUGGUUUAUCAGUCUAAUUUGUGUAUUCUUUCGUGGAAUGUGUGUGGUGCAGGAGGUAAGAAGUUCCUGCGAGCGAUUCGGUUGAUGAGGGAUUUACAUAAACCUGACUUUUUAAU